GAAGAAGAAAGCGGAAGUGUAAGAUAAUUAAAAUAAGGCGAGCGUGAGCAAACCUUGUUCAUUCGCUAAAAGGUAAAAUUAUGUUUAAACAUUUGGUGAAGGAGCGACUAAUGGCAGCAGCCGAUGAAAUAUUCGCGCUGUUUGAAAGAACGAUAGCGUCGUACGAGGAGGAGCUAUCUCGAUCGAGAGAGAAGGAUCGACAUCGAAGACAACUGGAAGCUUCUAGCAAGACUCAAACUGUGUUGCACGUUGAAAACAUGCGGCAGCUCAUGGUUCGUCAAGAAGAACGUCCCCAUCAAUCGCAGGAUGGGAGCUCCACUAUGAGGCAGGAGGAUCCACUGCCCCCCAAAAUUAAAGAGGAAGGGGAGAUCACUCACGACUCGGAGUGUCUCCUCAAACUGGAGAAGGCCGGUCUCACAGAGUUUCCGCUGACUGUUGUUUCUGCGAAGACUAAAAGCCAUGAUGACAAAGCUCCUGAGUCCUCUCAGCUUCAUCACAGUCCAACUGAGAAUAUCAGAAGCAGCAGCUCUUUACAUGUGACAACAGAAGCCGAUGGAGACCACUAUGGAGGAUCACAACCAGACACCCUCCUCGCUCCACUAUCAGAUAGUGAGGCUGAAGACAUGGAAAAUACCAAAGGACUUUUGAUCGGCGAUAUAGACUGUAAAGGUGAUAUGAGGACUCAAACUAACAACAACCACGCGAAAAAGAAGACCGAUAAAAAAAGUUUGACUUGCUCCGUUUGUGCCAAAAGCUUUACUUUUCAGAGGGAUUUGUCUCGACACAUGAGAACACACACGGGAGAAAAACCUUUUAGUUGCUUAGUUUGUGGUGAACAUUUCUCCCAAAAGGGAAAUAUGGUGAAACACAUGAGAACACACGAGAGAACACACACCGUAGAUAAACCUUUCAGUUGCUCAGUUUGUGGCCAUUUAUUUUCUCAGAGUUGUACUUUGAAGACACACAUGAGAACACACACAGGAGAAAAACCUUUCAAAUGUUCAGUUUGUGGAGAAGGUUUCUCUCAAAAAUCCAAUAUGGUCAAACACAUGCGAACACACACAGGCGAAAAACCUUUCUGUUGCUCAGUUUGUGGCCGCAUAUUUUCUCAGAGGUGCACUUUGACGAGGCACAUGAGAACACAUACUGGAGAAAAACCUUUUAGUUGCAUGGUUUGCGGUAAAAGGUUCUCUCAAAAGGAAACCAUGCUGUCACACAUGAGAACACACACCGGAGACAAACCCUUUAGUUGUUCAUUUUGUAGUAAAACGUUCACUUUUAAGUCAAAUAUGGCAAAACACAUGAGAAUACACACAGGCGAAAAACCUUUUAGUUGCUCAGUUUGCAAUAAAAGAUUCAUUUACAAAGCAAGUAUGGUAGCACACAUGAGAACACACACAGGUGCAAAAACAUAUUCUUGUUCGCUUUGUGCUAAAACAUUUACUCGGCACGACAAUUUGAUGGCACACAUGCGAACACACAAAGAUUAAACCGUAAGAACAUGUUAAACAGCCCUGCCAGGCUUAUGAUAAUUAGCAUUAUAUUAUAUAUCAUUAUCAUAUAGUUACAGCUCUUUUUAUUACCUAUUCUGUGUUAUGUGUGUUUUAUGUUGCACGAUUGCACCAAGAAAAAAUCCUAGUUUUUGAACCCAUUCUCAAACAAUGGCAAUUAAAAGUAUUCUGAUUCUAAA